CCUAUCAAAACAAGACCGUGAAGCAAUUUGUUGAUUAAAUUAUCAUUAUAUUUCAAUGGUUUGAAGUGAAACCUGCCGAGCGUCUGGAGAAAAGUUGACAGGCUUUGAUUUGCUCAGUUGGGUUGCAUUUGUUGCUCGAGUAUUAUAAUUAGAAAGGUUCUUUCGUUUGAGAAGAUUGGUUUUUUCUCCGUGACCGACCCUUCGCUUCUUGAUAAUUGAACAAGAAUGGCUGAUCAAGAGGAAUCUCCACCUGGAAGCAACACGGAAAUGGUCGAGGAGGGAAUUUGGAUGACCGUAGACGAGAAAUCUACCGAAAUCAAAGAUGACCUCCUCACUAAGGUUCUUCGCGAACCUUACGAAUACAACACGCCGACAAGCAUAUCUGUAUCAGACGAUACAGAAUCACCAACAUCUCACUAUCAUCCCGUAUUUAACGAAAAAGAUUAUCUCAAGAGACGGCAUUCGCACGUCCAUCUCCACACGCCUCUUAAACUGCACUCUCAUCACCAUCACCAUAGCAAGAAAGAAAAAACAAAGAAAGGACCGAAGAAAAAAAAAUCAUCUGACUCCUCUCCACUUCAUGUGGAAAAGAGCAAAACAAAUGAAGAAGACGGUGAGCCUCGUGGCAUACAUGUUGAAACUCCCAAAGCAGUUAAAGAGGAAGCAUCCUCGAUCUCGGAAGAUAAAGUUAAACUGAACAUUGUGGAUCAAACAAUAUGUGUGUUGCCUGAAAUUGGCGAGGAGGAGGUUCUUGCUACACCUCCUAAACAGGGAUGGCUAUCUCAGCUUGCAGAUGUACCAGACAUUGUCAUUGCAUCAGAGAAAGAGAUGGCCCCUGUAUCAGAUUCACCAAAAGAACAAAAGCCACUUCGACAUCAACACAAGCAUUCGGAGGAGGGUGAUAAAGCUCUUGGUAUACCUUUAGGCAAAUCUGGUCGACAUCACAAACAUCGGCAUAGGCGUAAAUCGGAGCUACAGGAACGGCGUAGGCCAGGUGUUGCCACCAUAAAGCAGGAUAACGAAUCUAUUCAGGAGGCAGUUUUGGCAGAUGCAAGUGCUUUGGAUCAGAAGGAUAUGGAUGACAUGAAAUUUCAUCGAUUUCAAGACCUGAAGGGAGUCCAUCGUCGACCCCUGAGGCUGCGUCGCUCCGGGAUGACGACACAUUUCAGUAAUCAAGAUCUUUCCGCCAGUCUUCGAAGUCUUGUCAGCCACAUCAAAACACCUCCAAGGAAGAAGGUCUACGACCACAAACCGCACGAGAAUUUUGUGGAGUUGGAAGAGCUGACGACGACCGGGCAACAAACAGAAUGGAAGGAGAAAGCGAGAUGGAUCAAGUUUGAAGAGGAUGUCGAAGAGUCACAGCGUUGGGGAAAACCUCAUAUUCCUUCGUUGUCUUUUCACAGUUUACUUGAAUUAAGACGCGGCCUUGAAACAGGUGCCGUAUUGCUUGAUCUGGAGCAGUUUGAUUUAUCGAACAUCGCCGAAGCUGUGAUUGACGAAAUGGUAAUAACGGAUCAAUUACCGAGAGCUCAAAGUUUUAAAGUGCUUUCGGCUCUCCUUUCAAAACACAGACAUCAACAUCAAAUGAACAACGGUCUGCCGCGACGAAACUCUAGUGCUAAUCUUGCCGCAUUUUUCGGCGUAGAAAGCAAGGCAACGCCGUUAAAAGCGAGCGAAACAGAGCUUUCAGAUGGGACGGGAGAGAGUGUAGGUUUAGAAAUGAAAGAAAACAAUAUGAAAAAUGGGGCAUCGUGGCAUAGAAAUGAAAGUGAUGCAUCUAGUCAAACGCCGAUUUUAAAGGAAUCCAACUUUGAAUAUUUGGACAAGACUGAAAAGCGUGUUGGCGUUUCGUUUGCACCUGAACCAGUUGUUGGGGAUGGUUCCACUUCAGAACUCAAUACGAAUUCGGAUAUUCGUGGCCGAAUACCUUCUGAUGCUGAAGCCACAGCUGUGCUUGUGGGUACAAUGGAUGAAUUGGAUAAACCGGCAAUGGCGUUCGUCAGACUUGCUAAAGGUUGUCAUCUUGGUAAUUUGACUGAGGUCCCACUACCUGUGCGUUUCAUUUUUGUGCUGGUUGGUCCCGCGCGCCAUGACAGUCAAUAUCACGAAAUUGGACGCAGCAUCGCCACACUAAUGUCGGAUGACAUAUUCCAUAGCUUGGCGUAUCAGGCAGAGAAAAAAGAGGACCUUCUGUCUGCCAUUAAUCAGUUUUUGUCUGACAGUAUUGUGCUUGCCCCGGGAGAUUGGGACGAGCGUGUUUUGUUGCCUCUUCUCGAGGGACACAGCCGAGAGGUGAUGAAGAAACGACGCAAGGCUGCUGCUCAAACCGUUCCCGACAGCAGCGAUGAUCCUUUGAAGAGGAUCGGAAAGCCGUUCGCAGGUCUUGUGAACGACGUGAAGAGGAAAUAUCCACAUUACAAAAGUGACUUCAUCGAUGGCUUUAAAAACUUCAAAUGUUUUGUCACUUUCAUAUUUGUGUAUUUUGCAACGAUUGCCCCUUGCGUCACGUACGGUGGUCUUCUUAGCAAGAAGACAGAAGGAUGGCUGGGUCUCUCCGAAUCCAUCAUGGCUACGGCCUUGGGGGGGAUUCUGUUUGGCUUCUUUAGUGGUCAACCAUUAAUGAUUGUUGGUGUAACUGGUCCUGUCCUCCUUUUCGAGGAAAAUAUUUAUUCCCUUUGUAAGGACUUCGAUUUGGACUUCUUGGCAUGGCGUGUUUGGAUUGGAUUGUGGAUAGUUGUUAUCUGCACUUUAGUCGUCGCUUUCGAUGGCUGUUUUAUGGUUCGAUAUUUUACUCGAUUUACUGAAGAAAUUUUCGCCUGUCUUAUUUCGUUCAUUUUCGUCUACGAAGCGUUCAAGUUUUUAUACGAGACUUUCGUUGAUAAUCCAUUAACUCGAACUCCACAUAAGUAUGAAAAUGGUAAUGCAACUGUUCCGAAAAAUUCCGAGAAAAAGAAGGACCUUUAUCCACGCGACGAACCCAACACAGCCUUGCUUACAACGAUAUUACUGUUCGGCACAGUAAUUCUAACUGUUCGACUACGCAAAUUUCGACACAGUCAUUUCUUUGGUAGGAAGGGUCGGCGAACGGUUAGCGAUUUUGGUAUGGCCAUCUCAAUAAUUGCUAUGACUAUUCUGGAUUAUUCUAUUAAAGACGUAAGAACGAGAAAGAUGCCCGAACUUUCAAGUCUAAAGCCUACCUUACACGAGAAACGGGGAUGGUUAGUUGAUCCUUUGGGUGUUAAUGCCCUCUAUAUGGUUGCUGCUGCAAUCCCGGCAAUCUUUGUGAGCAUUCUUCUGUUCAUGGAGACCGAAUUGACCGCAAUCGUCCUCAAUAGAAAGGAGAACAACCUGCGAAAAGGCGCCGGCUACAACCUCGACCUGUUGGUUGUGGGUCUGGUUUGCGGCUUAUGCUCCUUCAUGGGACUACCAUGGAUAUGUGUGGGCCCUGUUCGCUCUGUCUCCCAUAAAAAUGCUCUGACUGUCAUGUCUACCACGCAUGCGCCUGGCGAGCGGCCUUAUGUCGUCAAGGUGAUAGAACAACGGGUGACAAAUAUAUUCAUACAUCUAUUCAUAGGAUUCUCCGUCCUUCUUGCUCCUGCUCUUCAAGCCAUUCCAAUCGCCGUGUUAUUUGGAGUAUUUGUCUAUCUUGGAACAAUGUCGUUGUCUGGAAAUCAGUUGGUCAUUCGAUCUAUAAUGCUUUUCAUGCCACCAAAACAUUAUCCGGAUUUCAGUUUUGUACGAAAGGUGAAAGGGAGAAAGAUUCAUCUGUUUACAAUUAUUCAGCUCAUACUGCUGAUGGUUCUGAUUGCGACGAAAAUGACGGACAUUGCGCCCGUGUUUCCGUUUCUCGUUAUUUGCUUGGUGCCCAUCCGAAAUCAGCUUGUCAAAAUGUUCAAUGAGAAAGAAUUGAGCGAGCUUGAUAAUGAAGAGUCUGUACUUUACGAAGAUGAUCUUGACGAGUACAAUAUGAUUCAUGUUCCUAUCUAAUGCGAGAAUCAUUGUGGAUACAUUUUGUACGAAGAGUGCACUGGCCAAGCAUGUCCUAAUGGUUGAGACAGGAAUACAUUGUGUGAAUAAACGAGGAACUGAAGGGAUUGGCAGGUUUUCUGAUCUUGCAGGCAAGUCAUGUUUAUUCCUAGUUGUAUCCGUCCGACAAUCAUUCUCCGUUGAAUGCAUUCCAUACAUCGUACUUAUUUACUAUUAGUAUGUACAUGCCCUUAUCAAAUUAUUAAUUACCUAUUUUGUACCCAUAGAAAUCACUGUAAAUCAAUUUAAGUCCAUAUAUAUGUACAGUUUUGUAGACGUUCAACACUAUCAUUUAAAUGUUUGUAUAUAUUUUCAAUGCAUACCUUAACCUCUUGUUAAUGGCAAAUCAAACUUGAGCAAUCAUCAACCUCAUUUUCCUAAUAUUUUUCUACAAGAUGUGACGUAUAGUUUGCAUAAAAUUUCAAAAGUGUGUUUACAAAUAUAAAUAUAUAUAUAUAUCAUAUACCUUGAUAUGACAUGAA